AGACCGGUAUGACUACAGAAGUUACGGUAUAACUUUAUCUAUUUGAAUACACAGUUUUUAAGAGUACGUACCGGUACUGUUUUAGUAUUACUGGUUAUGGCGGCUUCUUCAGAAGAUAAACCAGGUACAACUUGGGAGCUCAGCAAAGAAAAUGUGAAACCCGUAAAAUCUGGAAGAAAUGUUGGCUGUAUCUCUGCUGUUUUGCAGCCUUCAAAACAAGACAUGGAACGUAUUCUGAAGGAAAAACAACUGUUUGAGGAAGAAAUUAUUGCUGGGACCAAAGAAGAUGAUCCAAUUGAACCUUGGGAUAGAUAUUUGAAAUGGACUAUACAAUAUUUCCCGUCUGGAGGUAAUGAUCACACUCUUCUCAAUCUGCUGAAGAAAAUGAUUGCACAGUUUAAAUCUGAAAAAUAUAAGAAUGAUAUUCGAUAUGUCAAUGCCUGGAUAAAGAUUGCUGAAAUUAUGAAGGAUCCUAUAGAGACAUAUAGUUACAUGAAUACAGAAGGUAUUGGAUCAGAAUGUGCUGACUUUUACAUUGCUUGGGCUGAGGAAUAUGAAAAACAUGGUGAUAUCAGAAGGGCUGAUAGAAUUUACAAUGAUGGAGAUGAAAAAUGUGCACAACCUAGAGAUCUUAUGCAAAGGAAACAUAUGGAAUUUCAGUUACGAGUUGCAAGAGGAAUGUUGAAUGGACAGAAUAAUGAAUAUGACGAGGAUGAUGAUAACGAUAAUGACUUAGAAACUCAACAACGGACCACUCUUGGGCAUUUGAAAGGCAGGGGAAAGCAUCAAACUGUUGGCACACAAAGAACGGGUAGAGCUCUGCAUGCUAUUCAAAAUAAAAGCUUGAAAUGGGGCACUUCAUCACAGAAUUUCGUCCCUCAGUCUGGAGGAAAGUUUGAAAUAUUUGAAGAUGUUCCAUCUGACGGAAUAUCUGUGAUGGGAGAAACUGGAAAAUGGACAUCAGCACCCAGCUCUACUGCCACAAAAGAAAAUACUGUCAACCCUGGACAGUGGAAAGGUGUCAAGAUCAAACAACCUCAUACUCAUUCUUCAGCAGUUCCACAAGUUCACCGGCCACCAGUAUCAAACAAUUUCACUAUUUUUACCGAAGAAGAUUCCGUUUCUGCUCAUCAUGCUCCUCACAAAGUUGCAUCCAACAUUGAAUCUAUUUUAUCAACUAAGAAAGAAUCUAAAAUUUCAGUAUCAGAAUUUGAAAGUAUUUUUAAUGCCAAACCCAUACACGAGGCCAAUAUUGUAUCUGGUUAUGAUGUUGAUAAGGUGUAUACUGCAAUGGGGGAAAUGCAAUUUGAAGAAGUACGUGCUGCACAUUGGAGAAGAAGGAAGAGAAUACAGGCACAAAAGGAGUUGGAAAAAGGCCAGAGGAUGCUCGAAGAACAAAGAUUAGAAAGAGAAAGAAUGAUGUUAGAGCAGGAACGAAGAUUUGAGGAAGAAAGGAGAUUACUCGACGAAGAAAAAAGAUUGCUCGAUGAAGAGAGAAUGAAAAUCAUUAAAUUGGAAAGAGAAAAAAUUAGAUUAGAAAGAAAACUCAUCGAAAGUAAAAGACUAAGAAUGCUUGCUAAAUCUACAACUGCUGUUGAAGAUGAGGAAGCUUUAUUACGAGAAGAAGAAGAUAUAACAGUACAACUUAAUACUGUCAAACGAGAUAUCAAGAGGGCAAACAUGGCGCAAGAGGAACAUAGAAAUGAUGAAGCUGAUUUUCGUGCUACAAAUACUGCUCCCCAGUCGGGUUUUGUGAUUUACGAUGAAUCAUUACAAGAAGAAAAUCAACCGGAUCAAGUUGUGCAACAAUAUCCUGUGAUGUCAAAAACGACUGUAUCUGCCAACAGUUCAUUGAACCAAUCAAAACGUUCUCAGCCGUCUCCUACGUUGUAUACGAAAGAAGCAAUGAGCCAGCUCGAUACUUGGUUUCAGAAACCUCUUGAAAAUGAUGAUUGUGUCAGUGAUUCUGUAGUUGUUCCAGAAGGCCUUAGACCGUAUAGAGAUGUUGCAUCAGAUGAAAACCAAACCUAUGGAUUUAGACCUAUUUUGAACGAAACACAACAACUUUCUCAAGGCUUCCUUCCUCCUUCUGAAAUUAACAGAGCACCAUUUUCAAUAUAUACAGAUGAAAAUGUCAACACAAAAUUGAAGGGUGCAGAAACAAUAGAGGAAAGGAGAAAUUUGCUACAAGGUAUUAACCAUCGUACUCAACCUCUACAAGUAUAUUCUGAUGUUCAUAAUACUGAAAACAACAAGUAUUCUGACGAUAAAACAGGAAUUUGUUUUGAUGAUGUUACUGUUUCCGGAAGCGAUUUUUCAAGUCGGGCUCAUCUUGCUUCAACUCCAUUCUGCAGCAAGUCUGAAAAACUUCAAGAUAUGACUCACAUUAAUCAUCUGAGUCGUAUUCAAACGGAAAAUACGGUUACUGAUAUGUUGCCUCAUCGGGAAAACGUAAAUGAACAGUCCGAGGACAGAAUCGGCAAAUCUUCUGCUCCUCCUGUCAAUCCAAUCUCUAUUCAUAAUGAUUAUGAUGAAAAUACUAACGAUAUGUUCUAUUCAGCGGAAAAUGGUAAAGAAGUUGACAUUCCUGCUGAAAUGAAACAACUAAGUCCGAUUUUGGAAGCCAGCAACGAAUCAGAUAAAUCUUCUGUUAUGGGAAAAGCUAAGUCAUCAUGUGGAGAAUCAGUGUAUGAUAAAACUCAUGAUCCAUUGUUAAUCGUUAACAAUGAUCCCCUCAAAAUGAAAAGUUUCGGAAGCGACUUAUCAAAAACUAAUAAUUUUGAUCCAUUGACUAAUGGUACAGUUUCGAAAACGAAUGAUAUCCUGGAUUUCAUGGAUUUUGGAGGUACUAUCGAUUGUGGAUUGUGGGAAUCACCACAAGCAGUGAAACCUCCUUCUGAUGCUUUGUCAAUUAAACCAGAUGACAAUGUUUUUAUAAGUCAAAAAAUUCUGAAAGAAAAUACGGAAAUUGAAAAAAUUUGCACCGAUUUUAGUUCAACUUCAAUCAAGAAAGCUGAUUUCGAGGCGGAGAGUAUUGCGCAAUCAUCCUUACCAAACAUCAUUGAUGAUCCGUGGAACAAAGAUUUAUUGAAUUCAAUCAUGGAACAUCAUAACAAUUUGUCAAAUAUCAAGGACACUGAGAUACAUCAUAUGGCAACCAUGCCAAUGCCUAGCAUUCGCAAAGGAUCAACUCUGAAUCUAAAUGGAAAGAAUGUUAAACUUGGUCAGAUGAUUGGUGAAGGAGCAUUUGCUAAAGUAUUCUAUAUUGCUUCUAAUGAAAAUGAUUGUCAGCAGGUUCUCAAGUUCUCAAUUCAGGUUGAAACACCUUCAUGUCCAUGGGAAGUUUAUAUAAUAAAUCAAGCAAAGACGAGACUAAGAUUACAAGGAAUGUCUGAUGUUGCUGAUGCAAUUGUUAAUAUUAAUUCAGCUUAUUUAUAUAAAGAUGGGUCUUUGUUGACACUGCCGCAUUAUGGAAAGGGAACUUUACUGGAUAAAAUUAAUGCAAAUAAAAAUGUAAUGAUGAAAGAUGCAACUGCAAGGUGGAUUGCAAAUCAACUGAUGAGAAUAGUUCAUAGUCUUCAUACUGUCGGAAUUAUUCAUGGCGAUAUCAAACCUGAUAACUUUAUGGUGGUUCCAUUAUCAUCUGAUUGUUCUGACUCCCUCACUGAGAUUGGUGGGAUCAAAUUAAUUGAUUUUGGUCGAUCUAUCGAUAUGAAUGAAAUGCCGUAUGGAUCUUCAUUUAUAAAGAACUGUUGUACGAGUGCAUUUAUUUGUGUUCAAAUGCAAAACAAAGAACCUUGGAAUUACCAUAUUGAUCUAUAUGGAAUUGCCGGGUCACUGCAUGUUGUACUGUUUGGUUCCUACAUGAAAAUAAGAAAAAACCAAGACGGAAAAUGGGAAAUACAGAACAAAAUUAAGAGAUGGUUUCACAAAAGUUUCUGGGCGAAUUUCUUUUCCACUCUACUAAAUUUCCCAACUCCGACAAAGGAGCGGCCGAUCACACUUUCUGAUUCACCCCUACCUCAACUUAUAUCGGAAUUGGAAAUGAUGGGAAGAACAGAUAGAGAUGCUGUUCGUAAUUUCUUCAAUAUGUGAAAAUUCAUUGCUGGUGUAACAGAAUUCAUAAAAUAUAUGGUUGAGAAUGGUGUCUACUGCCAGUAUUUUGAUACAUACCAUCUCUGGUUUUUCUUAAAGAUAGGCUGUGUGAAAACAAAGUCGUGCGAUCACUGCCAACAAACAGACAGCUUAUGUGAAUAUUCUUUUACAAUGUCUGUUGCCAUCACUAACAAUAAAUUUGAGUGUUUUCUGGUUCUUUUCCUGUCUUGGAGCCUAUGUAUUUUUGGGCCGUUUAUUUGUACAGAAUUAAAUGCUAUUUGAUUGGUAUGCUUUUAUUAUAGCUUGAUGCUGUCAAAAUAUUACGAUCUUCUUGAAUAUUUACAAAUAAAGUUCUUAAUGGUAAUAGUUUCAAA